GCAAACCAAAUGAGAAUGUUUGAUAUUUAUGCUGCAAAAAGAAGAUUCUUAAUAUUUUUUCAUAUUACAGAAACUGAAGUUGGUCCUUGAGAAUUGAGAUAUUGCUAAAUGGGAAAGAAGGGUUGGUUUAGCAUUGUAAAGAAGCUCUUUACAAGGGACACACAUUCCACACAAGAGAAGAAGGAGAAAAGAAGAAAGUGGGUAUUUGGGAGGCUAAAAAACAAGAGAUUUCCUUCAAUUGAAGCACCACCAGCAUUCAAAGGAACAAGUUUAUGUGAAUCUGAAGAAGAACACAGUAAUCAUGCUUUAACAGUUGCUACUGCUGCAGCUGAAGCUGCUCUUACUGCUGCUCAGGUUGCAGUUGAGGUUGUUAGGCUCCAAUCUGCGCAUCAAUUUAAGCGAAAACCAGAAGAAGUUAAAACUAACUGCAAGUGGAAGAUUGAAGAAUCUUCAGCCAUCAAAAUUCAAACAACAUUUAGAGGUUACCUUGCAAGGAAAGCUUUGAGGGCAUUGAAGGGAAUAGUGAUGCUUCAAUCUAUCAUUCGUGGCAGAGCUGUAAGACGGCAAGCUAUGAGUACUCUUAAAUGCUUGCAGUCCAUUGUGAGUAUCCACUCUCAGGUCAUUGCAAGGAAACUCCAAAUGGUUGAAGGAAGGUUUGAUUGUGGUGAAUAUGAAGAGAUGCAAGGUUCAAGCGACAAGAUCAUAAGGAUGGACUCAAACAGUGAAAGAAAGUGGGAUACAGAAGUGAAUUCCUCUAGCAUGAGCAAGAAAGAAGCUUCUCUUAGGAACGAAAGAGUAAAAGAAUACUCAUAUCACCAUAGAAAAUCAACUGAAUCGGAAAGAAACAAAAUAAAUGGAAGAGAGAGGUAUUGGAUGGAGACACAACAUUGUAAGAGUAAAGAACUCGAAGAUCUAGACUCGGUUUUCAGCUCACAUUGUAGAGUUGUGGAAGAUUGUGAAAGUAGACAACAAAAGCUUAGACAUAUUCAGAGACAAAAUGAAGUUGAAGGGUUAGAUUCUCGGCCGAUACUAUUUUCAAGAAACUCUUUGCCCCAAAGAUGCCAUAAUUUAGAUGGACAAUAUCACUCAUUUCCGAACUCUCCUGCAAUUCCGACAUACAUGGUUGCAACGAAAUCAACACAAGCAAAAGUAAGAUCAACAAGUACACCAAAAACAAGGAUAGUAAGGAAUUAGGACAUAAACUCUGAUUGCUAUAUAUUCACCAUGCCAAAGAAAGCUCAAUAAUAAUCAUCAAGGAUCUUCUAGCUUAAAAGAAUGAAGUAUCUCUCAGUAUCUUUCAUGUUAGAACUCACCUAUAUUUAUAGUCUUUAAUUUCUAAAGCACGAGUUACAAUACAA